AUGAAUCACGACACCCCCCAGUCAGCGACGGCACUGUUCGCUCUGAUAGGAGCUCUCUCGCCCCAACCCAUGCACGCGUUUGCGGCCCGUAUGGGCUCAUCGGCUCUGCUCCCGACGCUCGUCAGGACGGCCCCUUCGUCUCUGACGAGGAAGCCAACGAGGAUGCCGUGCGCGGCUGGGAUAUCUGCGCUAGCCUCCUCGACCUCCUCCCUGACGAUGCGUCGAGCCGCCUUCUGGACCACCCCGCGCGCCGCCGCCGCGUCUAGAGGGCCCGCUAUGUCGACAUCUGCGGCCGCGAGACUGUCGCCGAAGACGCGCUGGGUUUCCGCUGGGGGAGGCCUUAGGAGCACAGGCGAGGCAGCGCUGCUUUGUACCACCGUGAUUUGGAGGGUUCGGGGGGGUGCGGCAGCGAGGGCCGCCGCUGGGACGGGUAUGGUGGUGGCUACUUCGUUGUCGGCGUCAACGGCUUCGAUGGCCGAAGCGCCCACGGCUCCUGCUCCCAAGUACCGCAAAGACUACAAGGCGCCCGGCCACUGGACGAGGCACGUUACCCUGGACAUCAACCUAGGGGACGGGGCGACGGUCGUGACGUCAGAGCUCGACAUGGAGCGCAACGCGGACUCCCCCGGGUCGGAUCUAUUCCUCGACGGCGAGGAGCUGAAGCUCUUCCGGGUUUACAUCCGCGACGACAACGGGGAGGUCACCCAGCUCCAGGAGGAAGACGACUACUCUCUCAACGAUGAUGGCAUGCUCAUCAAGAACUCUUCUCUCCCCUCCGGCAACAAGUACACCGUAGGGACGGUGGUUCAGAUCGCGCCGAAGGAAAACACGCGUCUGUCGGGUCUCUACACCUCGGGAGGCAACUUCUGCACGCAGUGCGAGGCGGAGGGGUUCCGCCGAAUCACCUUCGCCCAGGACCGCCCCGACGUGAUGUCGACCUUUUCGGUGCGGCUCAACGCCUGGCCGUCUGGUGAUUUCCCGGUGAUGCUCUCGAACGGCAACAACCCCGUGCCACCAACGUUGAUACCGAGCCCUCCCGGAGGAGAAAAAGUCGACAAGUCCUACGCGGUCUGGGAGGACCCCAUCCCGAAGCCAUCGUACCUCUUCGCGCUCGUGGCUGGAGACCUCGGCUCGAUCAAGUCGACCUUCGUCACCAAGUCUGGUCGCAAGGUGAAGCUGGAGAUCUUCUCCGAGAAGGAGAACGUCGACCAGCUCGACUGGGCGAUGGAGUCCCUCAAGGCGGCGAUGAAGUGGGACGAGGAAAAGUUCGGGCUGGAGUACGACCUGGACAUCUUCAACGUGGUGGCCGUGAACGACUUCAACAUGGGUGCGAUGGAAAACAAGGGGCUCAACGUCUUCAACACGGCCUACGUCCUCGCCAAGCCUGAGACGGCGACCGACCUGGACUACGAGCGCAUCGAGGGCGUGAUCGGACACGAGUACUUCCACAAUUGGACGGGCAACCGCGUCACGUGCCGGGACUGGUUCCAGUUGACUCUGAAGGAAGGCCUGACCGUGUUCCGAGACCAGCUUUUCUCAGGAGACAUGGGAUCGCACGCCGCCAAGCGUAUCGAGGACGUGCGGACGCUCAGAUCGCGGCAGUUCCCCGAGGACGCAGGUCCUCUGUCGCACCCAAUCCGGCCGGAGUCGUACAUCGCCAUGGACAACUUCUACACGGCCACCGUCUACGUCAAGGGCGCCGAGGUGAUCCGCAUGUACCGCACCCUCGUGGGCGAGGCCGGCUUCCGCAAGGGCAUGGACCUGUACUUCAAGAGGCACGACGGGCAGGCCGUGAGCUGCGACGACUUCCGCGCCGCUAUGGCCGACGCUAACGACGUCAACCUCGACCAGUUCGAGCGCUGGUACUUGCAGCCCGGUACGCCCGAGGUGUCCGCCGCCGGAGAGUACGACGCGGAGGCGAAGACGUACAAGCUGACCCUCAAGCAGUCCAGCAAGAAGGAGGACACUCUGCCUUUCCACAUCCCCGUCGUCACCGGCCUCCUUCUCAAGGAAGACGGCUCCGAGGGGUGUGUUGCGUCUAGGGGGCUGGAGCUGAAGGAGGAGGAGCAGACCUUCACCUUCGAGGACGUUGCCUCUGAGCCCAUCCCGUCGCUGCUCAGGGACCUGUCCGCGCCCGUGAAGCUGCGGUACAAGUACUCUGACGAAGACCUAGCGUUCCUCAUGAAGCACGACACGGACUCGUUCAACCGCUGGGAGGCCGGCCAGCAGCUGAGCACCCGCGUUAUCCUUGGCAUGGUUGAAGAGAUCAAGGCCGGUGGAGAGCCGGGCGCCCUGCCGGCGAGCUUGAUCGACUCUUUCCGGGCCACGCUUUUAGAGAAGGAUAUCCCGGACAAGUCCCUCCAGGCAUACGCCCUGCGGCUGCCUGACCCGGCCACGCUGGCCGAAGAGAUGGACGUCAUCGACCCGGACGCCCUGUACAAGGCUCUCAAGCACGUGCGAAGGUCAUUGGCAGAUGCCUUGGCGUCGGAGCUCCGGUCAGUGUACGACAGCGCGGCGCCGAGCGGGCCGUACAAGAAGAAUUCGGCGGAGGUCGGCCGUCGCCGCCUCCGCAACACCAUCCUGUCCUACCUGCACGAGCCCAGAGACGCCGCGGCCGCCAAGCUUUGCUUCGACCAGUUCGAGGCCGCCGACUGCAUGACCGACAAGCUGGCGGCGGUGGCGUGCCUGGCUAACUUCGACGAUGCAGGGGGAGCGUUCCCAGAGAGGGCGGAAGCGCUGUCGAAGUUCUACAAUGACGCGGACGGUGACGCCCUGGUGCUCAACAAGUGGUUCGGCAUUCAGGCCGCGGCGGAUCUCCCGGACCUCCUCUCCCGCGUGAAGGACCUGAUGCAGCACGAGGACUUCACACUCAAGAACCCUAACCGCCUCCGGUCGGUGGUAUCUUCCUUCGCGGGCAGCCAGCACAAGUUCCAUGCCAAGGACGGGUCCGGGUACGAGUUCUUGGGGGACAUGGUGCUUGAGGUGGACCAGCUCAACCCGCAGGUGGCCUCUCGUCUGGCGACGAUGUUCAGCUCCUACAGGCGCUUCGACGAGAAGCGACAGGGCUUGAUGCGGGAGCAGUUGGCCCGCAUCCGCGACUCGUCGCCGUCCAAGGACACGUACGAGGUGGCCACGCGGUGCCUCGGUUGAUUUUAUUUGGGCGAAGUGUGUGGCAUCAGCUGCUAGAUAUAGCUACUGCAUGCAUUUGGGGGGCGAUUGCUUUGGCGGCACCGCUGAGGGGUGUUGGAUGCAGGCACACGGGCUUUUGCUGUAGGCAGUUGCUGCGGAGAACCUCGGAUUUUUUGUGUGAUUCGAGUUGUUGUUGUAUGGGGCCGGCUUCUGCACAGGGGAGGGGAUUGCGAAAUGGCGCACGGACCUAGAUGUUGUAACAGCGUACGCCGUGGGUACCGUUGGGUGGGGGUGGGGGUAGGGUGCUGUCGCAUCGCUAGAAGCUCUUCGCUCGCGUACAGCCCUUUUCGGCGAAUAUGUGGUUUUGAGUUCAUUUUUGUGGGUGCCCCGCGUGGCUGUGCACUGAAAAUGUCCCUCAUUACGGAGU